UCGAUGUGGUAGGCAGGCAGUAGUCAGUAAGCUCACAUCAAAAUGGUCGCAUUUCAGUCUACAGACUGAUUUUCUUUAUUGUUUGCCAAUAAUCGUGAAAAGGGCCGGCAGUGUUUAAGAAAGUGACAAAAUCUGUUUUGCCAGAAAUUUCAUCCUUAGUUCGUUUGAAAUUUUUCGUGAAAUAGAGUUAAUUACGAUAUCUCAGAGUGGGUUUUAGUAGAAUGUUGCGGCACCAGCAUCAUACAAUGCAAAACCAACUCCGAGACCAGAAUAGAAUGGGAGGUCCGAUGCGCCCUAUGCAGCAGGCAAAUAUGGCCCCCUCUCAUCAGCCGCAGCAUCCGCUCUCGCAUCGGAAUCCGCAUGCACCCCAUCAGCAACAGCUGCCUAUGCCCCCCCAUCAACAUGUGCACCCGAUACAACACGUUGGAAAUCCGCAAGGAAACCCACGACAGCCAGUGUUGAUGGGUAUAAGUUCACAGAACCGUAACGCGCUACGGCAUAUUUUACCAACUGUGCUGUACCUACUCAUGCUACUAGGUGGUGCGGCGAGCAAAAUUCACCGACCGAUGUUAUCUUAUAGCGUUGAAAAUUUGGAGCUGUUAUUUGGAUCCUCAGGUUGUAUAGAAGGUAUGAUGGCUAACGUUGGCUUGAAGGAACAAGGAGGCUCGGUUGGAUCAGUUGCAACGCAAACCAUUCAAGGACAGUAUCAGCAACAACCGAACAAUUUGAAUAUUCAACAAGCGACACAAGCUCAACAGCAACAGAACACCGAGCCAAACAAAUCUCCAACGAAUGAAGCCAAUGGAGAGUCCAAGGAUGAUAAUAAUUCAUCAACACAGAAUCAUGCCAACGUGACCAAUCCCAAUUUGGCAAACAUGAAAGAAAAAACCCCAAUGUGUCUGGUGAAUGAACUGGCAAGGUUCAAUAAGAUACAACACCAGUACAGACUGACUCACGAGCAAGGUCCAGCACAUAAUAAAAGAUUCACUGUAACUUUGAAAUUAGGCGAAGAGGAAUAUGUUGCGGAUGGGCCUAGUAUAAAAAAAGCUCAGCAUAGCGCAGCGACAGAAGCCCUAACCACUACUUGGUAUCGGCAUCCACCUCCGAAACCUGCAAAAGCAAUGAGAAUUGGAAACUCUGGAAAGUGCUCCGCUGGAUCUGGACAUUUACCUCCCACGGUCGAAUUAAAUACCUUGGCGAUGAGACGAGGUGAACCUACUGUCUAUGCGUUCAGACAUGCUCCGCCGGCACCGCCUCAACAAUUUGUUGCGCAUGGAUUCGGCAACUUUCCACGAAUGUUUAAUCCUCGUUAUCCAACCUACAAUCGAGGUUUCCAUGCUGAACCACAAGGAUUAUAUCAUGUUACGCUAAAGGUGGGUGAACGAGAAUUUGUCGGCAGAGGUAUGACAGGUCAAGCAGCUCGUCACGACGCAGCGAGCCGUGCCUUAGAACAACUUCGACAGUUACCUUUACCCGACGAAGUGGCGAAUACAUGCGCAACGACUGAAAAUAGAACUUUGGGUGGAAUAGAUGAUCCAAAUGCUGAAUUAAAAAGUCCCGUGUCACUUGUCCAUGAAACAGCAUUAAAGCACGGGUUACCCGUUUAUUUUGAGAUGGUAUCUGAAAGCGGAAAACCUCAUAUUCGAACGUUUAUGACAAAGUGUACUGUUGGAGAUAAAGUCACCUUAGGAGAAGGAGCAUCGAAGAAGGUCUCAAAGAAAAGAGCAGCAGAGUUAAUGUUAGAAGAGUUAAAACAGCUUCCACCUCUUCCAGUAACAAUUCAAAAUCAAUCUCUUCAACGUUUAAGACGCCGACCACCAGCAACUAAGAAGAAGUCACGUAAUUUGAUUAAAGUCUAUCAAGAGCCACGCACGGAGUCUGAAGCUACGACGGAGGUCAAUCCAAUAUCACGAUUAGUGCAAAUUCAACAAGCCAAGCGAGAAAAAGAACCUGUGUAUAAUCUUAUUGAAGAAAAAGGCGCUCCGAGGCGUAGAGAAUUUGUUAUGGAGGUGACUAUGGGGCCACACUCUGCGCAAGGUAUUGGGCCUAAUAAGAAGUUGGCCAAAAGAGCAGCAGCCGAAGCACUCUUGACGCAAUUAGGAUACAGCAAACCGCAACCUCAACCUACAAAACCAUCGAUUAAAACUGGAGAAACUGAAAAUACUGAAGGCAAACCGAGAAAAGUUACCUUCCUAGAAGAAGAACAAAUUAAUGAAAACCAGAAUCAUCCUGUUGGAGGUACAACAGGACGCCAAUUAGUUCCUGGGCUUCUAUUGGUUGACGCAGGGCAAGAAUCAAAAAUGGGAGGUGGUCCAAGCGUACAGAUUGUGGCCGAGGAAUUACGUGGACAACAGCAGCAGCAAAGUCCGUCUGGAGUAUCUCCAAGAGAUCAACUUAAGUAUUUAGCUCAACUGUUAAACUUCCAUGUAGAAUUCAGCGAUUUUCCAAAGGGUAUGUAUAAGGAAUACUUGUCGCUUGUUUCACUGAAUACUGAUCCACCGCAAGUUUGUCACGGUCACGGUCCAACAAAGAACGCUAGUCGUGAUCAAGCUGCGCUCACAGCUCUACGUACUCUCAGCAAACUUGGACUAGAUAGCGUCACAAAUUCGCAAAAUAAGAAAGACAAAGGUGCUUCAGGUGAUGGAAUCCACGUGAACAAUCAAGUAAAAAACAACAUUCUGAAUGGAGCAACUGACAAGUAACAUCUUUACAAUUUAACGAUUAGUAUACGUGGGAACUGAUUUGAGUCAAGUCAAAUUUUACAUGCAUCUUUGAAUACUCGUUUAAGCACCAAUCCUUGAUCAAGUCCAUGUUUGUUACGAGUUUCCUUGUAAUGGCUGGAUAAGUACAUUAAAAGGUGAUACCGGUGGCGGAAUGAGACGAUAGCGAAACACAUAUUGCCCAGAAUCUCCUUCAGUAUUUGAGGGUAGCAUAAGUAUUGAUAUAUUCUGAUCAGGACAAUUUCAUCAAAGCAUUGAUUUUCACGGUAAAAUUAGCAUUUUUUAAAUAAUAGCAGUUGUUGGUGCUUGAUCGAUAUUGCUGUUCCAGCGGUGACGUUAUGUUGUAAUAAUGCUGUCAUCGGUGGAAUCGUAUACAGUAUAUAUGAUAAGUAUGAUCUAAUUUUUUGUAUAAGAGAUGGUCAUUUCCCACUAAAAUUGGUUAAUGAUCAUAGCGAAAACAUAAGGUUUUGAAAUUUUUAAAAUCUGAGAUGAAAUGCGGCCAUCUCUCAAUAUUGCAGCCGACGUAAUGUUUUGAUCGGUUUUUCAUUGUCAUGAAUGUAAUUAUAUCUAAUUACCUUACAAAAUCUCGUUUUUGAAAUAAUAAUAAUUGGACAGCCUUUCAAUUUGCUUGUGUUACGUAGAGCUUGUAACUUUAUUUUCUGGUAUGAAAAAUUGUUUUUCAGUAUAAUCUGUAUCAUUACGUCCAAGUAAUUCGAAAUGUAGAAACGAGAAUUGAAUUUCAUGUUACUGUUGAAAGAAAGUUGCGAAGUAUUAUCCAGAUAGGCGAAAAGAUAAAGGCAAGGCAGUAAAAUUUUGAGUUGGACGAACAAAUGUGACGGCCACGAAAAAUUGAUGAUACGUCGUAGUAGAUCGAUUCUAAGGAAAGAACGUAGGUAAUUUGAUGUAUACUCUCUCCACGCCCCAAUUUGCUUUUUACGUGGGGCCUAAAAGCAUUCUGGGGUUAUAUUCAUGUUAAUGUCUUUUAAGGUAAUAAGUGAUAAGAGAAAAUUGAAGUUUCCAUAAACGAUUUACCAAGUAUUGAAACAUUCUGUUGGAUUAGUGGAAAUUUCAACAGACUUAAAAUGAUAAUAUCUCAAAACUUGUCUCGUUGUGUUAUGAUUAUUACAAAAUUAAAACUGAAUUUUGUUGAAAAACAAUCUUGAAAUAACGCCCCAAGUUUUGACCUAUUACCAGAAAAUAAAAAAAAAACGUUAAAAAUAAAAAACGAUAAAAACGUAUAAUAAUGUGUGUAGGUGAUCUGGAUGUCGAUACGAAUUUUAUGCAAAUGAAAAACUUAUUUAGUUUGCACUGUUAGAUUUUUUUGUUAAUUCAUCUACUAUUUCAAAUUUCAUAAAGUUGCGUUUCGACGAUCCUCAUAAGCUCUAUGUUAUAUUAAUUAUUCAAAGUACAUAACCUGAAAUAUUAAAAUUUACAAACAACAAA